CGACAAUGAAGUUCACCGUAGCAGCCUUUCUUUUUCUGACCUGCAUGACACUGCUGUCCACAAAAGAAGUCUUCGCUGCUAGACUGAUGGCUCCACAGCUGCGCUGCCCGUGUGUUCGGACAUAUUCAGGAAAACCAAUUAAUCCCAAACUAAUUCAGAAUAUACAGACGAUUCCUGCUGGAGCAAAAUGCAAAAACCUGCAGAUCAUUGUCACUCUGAAACAAGGACAGACCUGCCUCAAUCCCAAAGAUGAAUGGGUGAAAAAGAUCAUCGAAGGAUAAUUUCUCAUCUAUGUUUAUAUGCAAAAGCUUAU